CAAAGACUCGGUACUAGAAGCCCCAUCCUCCGCGUAAGCCAAGUACUGGGGAUCGAGUUAGGGUUUUGGGACUUGCAGCUGUCGCUCUUUCGCUCUGUUCCAGGCGAUCGCGGAUUCAAUUCCGUCUCUUAUAGUUCGUUCUAUUUUUUCCCGGUUGUUUCGCCGUUUGAUCUUCGCAUAAAGGAAAGAUGCUUCCGUUAUCGCUUCUGAAGACUGCUCAAGGUCAUCCCAUGUUGGUGGAGUUGAAGAACGGGGAGACAUACAAUGGGCACUUGGUGAACUGUGACACCUGGAUGAAUAUCCACCUCCGUGAGGUUAUUUGUACCUCAAAGGAUGGUGACCGGUUUUGGAGGAUGCCUGAGUGUUACAUUCGUGGGAAUACCAUCAAGUACCUUCGAGUUCCAGAUGAGGUGAUUGACAAAGUUCAGGAAGAGUCCACCAAAAGCCGCACAGACAGGAAGCCUCCUGGAGUUGGCCGUGGCAGGGGACGAGGAGGUAGGGAAGAUGGCAUUGGGCGGUCUGCCAAAGGCAUUGGACGGGGUCAAGAUGAUGGAAGCAACAAAGGUGGUGGUCGUGGUAGAGGGGGAGUUGGUGGUAAAGCUGCUGGUUCCAGAGGUGGAGGGCGUGGCCGAGGUUGACACGCUGAUAAGAGAGAGCUUUCUGUUCAGACCUACUAUAAUUGCGGCAAGACUACUUAAAUCGGCAGACUAUUUGGUGGAUGUUAACCGUCGGCUGUGUGAAUCGUCUACUUGCUGAAAAGCUUUUCAAACUUUUUUUCUUCUCUUUUUGGAUAUGAGAUCGAAUUUAAUAUUCCUGAUCGUGUGACUUUACUUUGAACCAUACCUAGUUCCCCUGUUUAUUUCACCAUAUGCAGCAAACUUGUACUAGCCUCCAAGCGGGGCAUAUGUUUUCUUCUUUUCCUUGGGUUCUGAAAGAUUAAAAAAAAAAAAAUACUUCGGUACAA